CUGAGCAGAUGUUGGAGAUGCCACCUAGCGGCUGGAGACUCCUCCACAAACAGCUGGAUGAUUUGACUUUAUUAAGCUGCAUUUUUCCAAAUGUUUUUCUUUUCUUUUUUUAUUUUUAAAGGGGAAACUCGUAUUUUUUUUUUUUUUUUUUUUUUUUUUUUUUUUUUUAGUUGCAGGAUUUAAGCCAUCUGGUGAGUUUGUGAAACCCAAACCCUUUAAGGUGGGUCGUAGAUGAUGAAUAUUAAACUCAGAUGUUUGAAGUCCAGCUGGGGUGGGGGGUGCUGAUGAAAGCCUUGUUUGAAGCGCGCGCGCAGCAGCAGCAGCUGGCUUUGUGUUUUUCGGGCUCCUCCCGCCGCGCGGUGAAGUUCAGCUGCGCGUCAGAGCCGCGCACAGCUGAGGAGCCUCCCGACGCGAAAGGCACGACCGCGGAGGGAUGCGUUCGAUGACGGGAGGAUUUUAAAUGUGACAUAACUCUCCGCUUAUGACGCCCUUCUUCCUCCCACAGCCCACCGAGCUGCUCUGAUUCAGACCCAAACGCUGUGGGUUGUUUUUUUAUUUUUUAUUUUUCUGCGUCCUCCGCUGCUCUGCGCUGCGUGGACCUUUUUUUUUUUUUAAAUGUCUUAAAGGAGAUUAGAUCGUGCGUCUGCYUGGGGUUUUUAUUUCUUUUGGCUCCAGGAAAUGUUGGCAUGGCCGCCUCGGGAGCUCAUAAGUGUCCGAAGAGUGAGAAGUUGGACGAGGCGCAGGCUUUGGCCAAGAGCUGCGCGGGGAGACCAGACUUCCUGCCUUGUGAUGGACUCUCCAUCUGCGCUACGCACAGCCACGGGAAGUGCUUCAAGCUGCACUGGUGCUGCCACUUGGGCUGGUGUCACUGCAAGUACGUGUACCAGCCCAUGACCAAUGUGUGCCAGCUGCCCAGUACAGCUGUGCCGCCGGUGGGCUCAGAGUGCAGCAGCACCAUGGACCUGUCCGUCUCUCUGGCCGAGCGCUUCCUGAAGCUGGCGCCCAGCUUCCAGUCCCCGCCUCAUCUAGAGUCACCCAAAUACUGCGUCAUCGCGGACCUGUUCCUGGACGACUACAUCGUCAAAAGGAUCAACGGGAAGAUGUGCUACGUGCAGCGCCCCCCGCCUCCCUUACCGGAACCGCCUCAGCCUCCCAUCCCUCAACCCCCUUCUCCGGCUACGCCUCAAAUACCCCUGAAUCCUGAUCCACCUCAGCAGCCGGUCAGCGCUCCGCCGCCGGCGGUCCAGCACGCUCCGGCUCCCGUGCAGCAGGUCCACAGCGAACAGAAACAUCUCUCCACGGUUGAAAAGCUAAAAGGCCCCAAAAUGGACCACUGCUCCUCCCCGUCCAGCUCGGAGGACUCCGGCAUUAACGCGCUGGGUCUGCACUACCUGGAGUCCUGUGAGGAGGGAAGUGAGGACGAGGAUGAGGACGAGUUGAGCACGGACGAAAACUUGAGUCCGAGGAGCCUCUGGGAUCAGGACAACUGUUCACUCCUCUCCCCGUCUAAGUCUAUGAUAGAGAUCAUCGAAAAGAUCGAAACRACUGUGUAACGAACUGAAGACGUUCCACAGAGCAGAGUCCUACAACAAAGACCGACCCUGCAGGAUUUAUUUCUACAYGGACCCAUUCGGGAGCAAAACCCAAUCUGUUGCUUCCACGGGGCUUUGGAGGGUUUGAUUCAGGAUGAAUUUGUUUUCCUGCAGGAGUCCGAGGAUCGUACGAACACAUUUUCACACAACUUCUCCCCCUGUCCAAUUUCCCUGCAUGGAAUUCAUUUCUGAARCUUACUGGAAUCAAGGAGGACGCACCGGAAUACCAAGUACAUGCACGGCAGACAAAAAAAAAAAGACCUUCUUUAUCUGGUUAUUCAGUAUGUUUCAAAAGAAUAGAAUAGGAACACUUCAAAGGGUAGUAAGAAAAAAAGAUAGUCUUUUUUUCUGAGACUCUGCAUUGAAAUGAAAUUGUGUAUGAGCAAAGAUAUGUGUUAAUGACGAUAAUUAGCAGUGAGGUAAUUCUGGGCGAYCUUUAGCUGUCAGCUUGUCAGACUUCAGUCUAUUUCAGCCUUCAAGUGGCAGAUAAGCACGCCUGUUCUCCGGUCAGCCUGCUCCACCCACACACAUUACUAAUUCUCACACUUCAGCAUAAUGACUACAAGGCCAGCUACCUCUCAUGGGCCUCGAGCACGUCAGCCUUUUAACCUGUUAAUGGCUCCUCUCCGAGCUGCAGGGAUGCUCCUGCUUUUAACGAAGGGGAGAAAAAAAAAGAUUGCCGGGGACGAGGGAGGGGUGGGUGCGCCACGGUUUGUCUGCACUUUACUGACACCACCACAGGCGGCGKGUAGGUCAGUGUUUGACAAUCAAAAGGUUACACGGAAGCACAUUCCUKAACUGUACCUGCCACUUCAGACCAAGGCGUCUCAAAAAAAAUAAAUAAAAGUUCUUCUGAGCGCCAUUUUUGAGUUCGAGUCUAACUGAGCUACAGAACGGCUUAGGGUUAAAAUGAGGCGUCGAGCGGCCAAGAAUUUCACAAAGAACACAACAAAAGUAGGAGGGACCUUAUCAUGCAAGUGAAACGUAGAUGAACUAGUAAUUUAUUCAUAUUACCCUAUAUUAAAACACAACYACUUUGUAAUUCUCUAUCUGGGGGCUAUUAGGAGAGUAGAAUUGUUUUCAGAUGAAUAAAAGAGUAGACUUGGAAAGAAGCUUGUUAGACUAGUGUGUCACAGUUUAUAUUGAUGAGAAACGAUCACUUAUUGCACCUUUUUAAAGGGUAUGUUACAGUGUGAGAUGGGAUGUUUGUUGUUGUUAUGUUGUAGCAGGUAUAGCAAGAAAUUUGACAGCCUCAUAUUAAACUGGGCUGCAGCAUUUAUUUUUUGUUUCUUUGAUGUUUUUUUCUGCAAAACURCAACUAAAAACUCACAUAUCUGUUGCUGCAGUUUUUCCAAAGUGAUGAAUUUGAUCUUUUAAAGUGGGGCUCCGUGGGAAUUGUUGAACAGUUAUUAUCUUACCUGCUGUGGAUUGCUCUUUGAGCAACUUCAGUUUUUUGAUCAUUGGUCCAGUUAGCAUUAAGCUAACGGCUAGUCCACAUGAGCCAAGCUCAGCAUUGCUGCUGGUCCUGUGUGUUCAUUUACAUGGGAUUCUGUGGCUUUAURUAAAAUCAAAUGUUGGCAGGAGCAGCAAGCUAUGGCACUGUAUCAUUAUUUUUCUAGWAGCAGUGUGAAAUAAAGUUUGUAUUGUGUACCAAUCAUAGUUAAAAUGGCAGAAACGUAUUUUAGAUUUUAACUCACCAGUCUGGUCAAAGAGCUAUCUCCAGCAGGUAAGAUAUUAACUGUUUAUAACCUUUCCACAUAACUCCACUUCAAAAAGAUCUGAKCUGUCUCUUUGAUUCUGGCUAAUCUUUUAGUCAUUUAGCAUGACAAAUACUAAUUUAUCAAAUUGACAAAAAUCUAAAUAUUUCUUUUUAUUUAGCCAUUAUUAUUGUCACAACUAACAGAGGCCCUCCUAAUGCAGUUCAAAACAUGUUUUAUGUUCAUAUUAUUGUCAUAUUAUUUUCUUAUAAAUAAAUACUACAAAACUUA